AUGGAGUGGCGACAAACCGCCGAAUUCAAUGUGGAACGUUUCUGCCGCUGUGGGAAGAAGGUGGUGACGAGAACAUCAUGGAGCGACAUCAAUCCUGGAAGAAGAUAUAUUUCAUGUGAAAAAUUUAAGGAAGGAGGUUGCCCUUAUUUUGUGUGGAUUGAGAAACCACUUUGUCCUAGGGCUUGCCAAAUCAUUCCCGGGCUGUUGAGACGAGCAAAUAAGUUUGAAGCUGAGGCUGAGAUGCUCCAAGCAGAUAUUCAUGAUCUUGAAGUGGAACAAAAACAAAUGUUGGUAAAGGUUGAGAAACUUGAAGCAACUAUAAAGAGCAAGAGAUUUAGGGAGCGAUUGUGUUGCAAUGUAGUAGUGAUGGGAUCCUUUGCAGUUGUGAACAAUAUUUAUUGUAAUGUGAAUUUGGGAUUUGAUUUCAAUUGA